GAAAACUCUUUAACUUCCUUGUGGUUAUGACCUGAAAAACUUCCAACCUCCCUCGUCUUCCCAACCACCCCAAAAACAUGAACAACUAAAAUAUCAUCAUUUCUUCCCUUUCAAGAUUCUCCAAGAACAAGAAAACCCCUCUUAAAUAUAAAUAUCUUCCAUGACUCUACAAUAUUCCCACUAGAAAAAACAGAAGAAUUAUGGAGCAAUAUUCAAGUAAAUGGAUGAUAUUGAUAGCAAGCACAUGGAUUCAAGCAUUUACAGGCACAAAUUUCGACUUCUCAUCCUAUUCUUCUGAAUUGAAAUCUGUUCUGGGAAUUUCACAGGUGCAGCUGAAUUAUCUGUCAAUGGCAUCAGAUAUGGGGAAAGCAUUUGGGUGGUGUUCUGGUGUUUCUCUUAUGUAUUUCCCAUUGUGGGUUGUUCUUUUCAUAGCUGCUUUUAUGGGACUUGUUGGUUAUGGCCUUCAAUGGCUUGUUAUUCAGAAAAUCAUCAUUUUGCCUUAUUUCUUGGUAUUUCUGUUGUGUGUGCUGGCUGGCUGCAGUAUCUGCUGGUUUAAUACAGUAUGUUAUGUGUUGUGCAUCAAACAUUUCCCAGCAAAUAGACCAUUUGCGUUAUCCCUCAGCGUAAGUUUCAAUGGUGCAAGUGCAGCCUUGUUCAACCUCAUUGCUAAUGCCAUUAAUUCCAAUGAUGACACCCUAUAUCUUCUUCUUAAUGCUCUAGUCCCCCUUGUCACAUCAGUUGCAGCUCUGCCAAUCCUCCGGCAACCUCACUCUCAAACUCUUCGUGCUGAUUCUGUUCACCGAGAAUAUCUCAUUUUCCUAUGUCUAACCGUACUAGCAGUUUUUACUGGCCUUUAUCUCUUAAUCCUGAACUCGGUCUCAUACAGUGCACCAACAGCUCGUAUCCUCUUGGCCGGUGCAGUGUUCUUGCUGGUCCUUCCGGUGAUUGCGCCUGGGGUUAUCCGCACAGAAGAGUGGUCUCAACUAAUCCAUCCUAAUUAUAUGUUACUUGAAGACAAUGAUACUGAUGAUUUUGGAAUGCACAAAGAAAUGAUGUGGAAAGAGGAUUCAAGUAUGACUCUUUGGACCGAAAAUUCUCAUGGUUCGAAAGAGAAGGAAAGUUGGACCAGCAGCUUUUUGCUGAGAGAUCGUUUGCUGCUGCUUGGAGAAGAACAUUCAGCAGAUCAGCUCAUGUGUAGGUGGGAUUUCUGGCUAUAUUACCUAGCAUAUUUCUGUGGGGGAACACUCGUACUCGUUUACAGCAACAAUCUAGGCCAAAUUUCAGAGUCACUUGGAUAUAGUUCAGAGAUCAGCUUUCUUGUUGCACUCUAUUCUGCAUGUUCCUUCUUCGGGCGCCUACUUUCAGCAGCCCCAGAUUUCCUACGGGACAAGAUGUACUAUGCAAGGACUGCAUGGCUUGCAUUUGCGCUGAUUCCAACACCAGUGGCUUUUUUUCUGCUUGUUUUAUCAGGAAGCAAAGCCGCAUUGAGCGCUGCCACGGCGUUGCUUGGGUUGAGUUCUGGUUUUGUAUUUUCAGCAGCAGUGUCAAUAACCUCUGAGCUAUUUGGCCCCAACAGUGCAGGGGUCAAUCACAACAUUCUCAUCACCAACAUUCCUCUGGGAUCACUACUCUAUGGACUUCUUGCAGCUCUAGUCUAUGAAGCAAACCUAGGAAAAUCAAGCCAAGUUCUUGUAUUGGAUGGAUCAAAGGUUUGCAUGGGUAGGAACUGUUACAUUCAGACAUUUAUGUGGUGGGGAUGUAUCUCUUUGUUGGGGGUAGUGUCUAGUUUACUGCUUUUCCUAAGAACUAAAGCUGCCUAUGACAAUCAGGAAAGGAACCGAAAUUGGAUGAGAUUAAUAUAAGUGAGUGAAAUUAUCCUUCUUAACUGA